AUGAGGCUCACAAAUGGGAAGGCAAGCGGCGACGAUUGUCCUCUAGCGCUUGUCGGUCUAGGAAAUGUUGCAGUUUGCCUGGCGUUGAACAUUGUAACUACACUGCGGUGCUGCGGGGGCUACGUGAAAGCUGUAGAAAGCGGAUAUGUUGAUAUGUUCACACUCACCGACAUGUCAAAGAAGCGUAAAUACAAGAGUACCAAAUGGAGAAUUUAUGAUGAGCAGUUUAGACGUAAACAAGAUUAUUUGGACGUGAUUGACUUUGGCUGCAAGGAUGUGGAGGUUCCUCUGGACAUUAUGAGGUCAGCUCAGGGAACGAUGGCGUCUGCUGAUCUGAGACAGGAGCUGGUCUGUUCCAUCUGCCUGAGCCUUUAUACAGAUCCUGUCACCCUGAGAUGUGGCCACAACUUCUGCCGGGUCUGUAUUAAUCGUGCGCUGGAUUCACAGGAUGAGUCUGGAGAAUAUACCUGUCCUGACUGCAGAAAAGAGUUUCGAAGGCGUCCUGCCCUGGAGAAAAACAGGAAGCUCUGCAACAUAGUAGAACAUGUCCGCUCUAUUCCAGAAAUGGGAUGUUCUGCACCUACUGCAGAGCACCCCAGUGGAACUGGAAUAGAGGAAACUGGGGUGUUCUGUACUUACUGUGUCCAAUCUCCAGUACCUGCUCUUAAAAGCUGCAUCAAGUGUGAGGCUUCUCUGUGUGAUACACAUUGCAGGACACACAACAAGUCAGCAGAACACGUCUUAGUCGACCAAACUAAUUCCUUGGUGAAGAGAAAAUGUUACAUCCAUCAGAAGGUCAUGGAGUAUUACUGCACUGAGGAUGCCUCCUGCAUCUCUGCGUCCUGCAGGCUGGAUGGAGAACAUCAGGGACACAAGGUGGAGACGCUGGCUGUGGCCUCUGAGAAGAAGGUAAAGCUGAGAGAUAUUCUGCAGAAACUGGCCACAAAGAGAGAGGAGACUGAGAUAAGAGUGCAGAGUCUACAGGAGCGCAAGAGAGAAGAUCAGAGAAAAGCAGCUGGUGUAACGGAGAGAGUCACUGCCCUGUUUAGAGACAUCAGGAGACAGAUGGAGGACCUGGAGGUGAGAGUCCUGAGUGAGAUCUCCAGGCAGAAACAGCGCAUUUCACUCUCAGUCUCUGAUCAGAUCCAGCAGCUGGAAAUAAAGAAGGACGAGCUGUCCAGGAAGAUGCGUCACAUUGAGGAGCUGUGUAACAUGCCUGAUCCAGUGACUGUCUUACAGGAACCAAACGCAGGUGACUUGUGUGACACUGAGGACACAGAGAGACAUGAUAACCAGGUCCAUGGUACAGGAGAUCUGGAUGUGGGUCUUAUCUCAGGGACAUUACUCACAUUAUCUGAUAUAAUAACAGGGAUAAAUACAGGGAUCUAUGUGCAGGAUGCUACAGACAUAUUACUGGAUGUAGCCACAGCUGGUAAUAAUGUACAGAUAUCAGGUGACAGGAAAACUGCAUCCAGGUCACCAAACCAGAAUCACCCAGUAACACCAGAGAGAUUUCAGUAUGAUCAGGUAAUAAGCAGAAGGGGAUUCUCCUCAGGGCGACAUUACUGGGAGGUGAAUGUCAGUAAGUCAGUGUUCUGGAUGUUGGGGAUGUGUUACCCCAGUAUAGACCGGAGAGGAUAUCAGUCAUAUAUUGGGGAUAAUAACAAGUCCUGGUGCCUGUGUAGGGGGAGGUAUAAUCAGUACUCAGUGAGACAUGACAGGACAGAGAUCCAGUUACCUGACAACAUUCCCUAUGACAGAGUGAGGGUAUAUCUGGAUUAUGAGGCAGGACAGCUGUCCUUUUAUUCUCUGUGUGACCCCAUCAGACACUUACACACCUACACUGCCGCCCUUACGGAGCCCCUCCAUGCUGCAUUAUAUGUAGGGGACGGGUGUAUAACUGUAUGUGGGGGAGUCAGGAGCUGGGAGACAUUACCGUAA